AUGGCGGCCACGAUCAAGAAGCUCGCCGAACUCCCCGCAGCGCAGCCACCCACCCCAGAGCCACAGCAGCAACCGCAGACGCCCGAGGAGCCCGAGGAGGACCCCGAGGAGGACCCUGCGCCACAUGUUGAGUCCAUGGACGUGGAUGAUCUGCGGGCUACUCUGGAUGCAGCAGGGAUACCUGCGCAACCCUCGGAUGACGCCGAGGUGCUGCGUGGCAAGAUCAGGAAGAUGCAGACGAGCUACCUCUCCAUGUGCAAGCGGCAAAAGCCGUGCUGGGGCUUCGGCGUCGGCCUCCUGUUCAGGGACAGCGUUGAGUUCGGCGACUCGGCAGUUCUCUGCAUUGGGUUCUGGGGCUUCGGCGUCGGCUUCAUGUACCAGGACAGCGGCGAGUUCGGCGACUCGGCAUUUCUCUGCAUCUGGGGCUUGGGCUUCGGCGUCGGCCUCCUGUUCCAGGUCAGCGGCGGGUUCGGCGACGCGGCAUUUCUCUGCCCCUGGUGGUGGGCCAAGUGCUGGCAGUUCGGCGUCAAGGUCAGCUGUUUCAGGUCGGCUAAACGUUGCUGCAUCACGACAGUCAAUGCUGGCUCGCAUGGGCCGCUGUUUGAGUAUCUCUCGGAGUACCAGGGCUCGGUUCUCUUGGCGCAGGAGACCAGAGUCGUGGAGGCCCGUUUAGGUGGCAUUGUCUUUGCUAGCGUUUACUUUGUGACGGCGAUUGGCAUGACUGGAGAAAAUCUUGCUAUACUUUGGGCAGUUGUGCAGAGGAUUGCUCAGUGGCAGGCUCUGGGACUGGACUGGGUGAUAGGCGGAGAUUGGAAUUGCGACUUCUAUGCCGUCAAUGUCAAAGGUUGGGUCGAGAAGCUUGCAGGCUUGGCGUUUGUUCCGUCGGAGGCCACGUGCAUUACCGACGCUGGUUCGUCCAAGAUUGAUUAUUUUCUGGCCGCCAGCAACUUGGUUCCAAGACUCGACAGGUACCCUUACAACUGGGACGGGAUCAAAGGCAUGUUUGAGUCGGUGAAGGCGCCCAGUGACUUACCGCGUGUGUGGGAUGCAGUACUUGAUGGCGUUGAUUUCGAGAUCGCUGGGAGAUUUGACAAAGUCGAUGGUAAGGCCCAGGAAUUCGUUGGACGAGCUGGACCCCCGAGAUUCAAAUGGGAACAAACGACAUGGACUCCGCCUCGAAAGCGAGAAUAUCGAGACUCCAGGGUAGCUGCGUGGGCCACGGCAAAGCGUUGGGUGGCCCACUUGCGGUCGGAGAAGGAUAAGCUGCACCGUUUCUGCGAGCGGCUCCGAAUAUGCAGUGCGGUGUGCACGUUAACCGAGAUGCAGUACUUCAAGGUGCUGCAGGCGUUCGACGAGGCUGGGAGAUAUUGUGACAAGAUUUCUGCUGAGCAGUGGGUGCUCAAGGAUUUGGGCGAGGAGUUCAGUGAAUUUCUGCAAAAAGGGUUGGUGAUGAUUGUCGAUCCAAACUUUGAGAGUAUCACUGAUGCCAUUUCCGCCCAGGCCGACAAGGACCUCAAGUAUCUGGCCAUUGCGGCCAAGGGCUUCGUCCACGAUUCCAAGGGGCUGGGUAUGGUUUUAAAUGCUGCGAAGUCAGGCGGGAUCCCUGGGAAAAAACGUCUCUGGAAGACCGUCAGUAAGUACAUGGGCUCCAUGAAGAUCCCGUUCAAGGCCCACAUGAGGAACUUAGGCCGAGUCUACGACCUCAGGACGCUGAGCCCAGCAGAUUUCAAGCACUUCUUGACCGAGGGAGUGCAGAGGUGGCAGCACGGCCGCCUCUUGCGGCAUCUUUAUACUGUGGGUGACGGAGUAGCUAUUCCAGUCUGGCACAGGGCCCUCAGGACGUCCCUCGACGUGUGGGAGAUGCCAGUGAGUGAUGCGCGCGUGGCCGCUGCCCUCGAUGCCGCUGCCGCCUUAGAGCCCCAAGCGUCCGGCCUCUCCACGCCCAGGGACGCCCCGCUCCGGGCGCCCCGCGCGCACGGGUGCGGGCCCGUGCUCGGCGCAGGCGGCUGGGGGGCCCGGCCGGCCCAGGGCUCGCUCAUUGGUUUUGCGGAGAGGGUGAGGGAGGAGCAGACGCAGGACCCGAUGAGCUGGAAUUGGAGCAGGAGUCAGAGGCUGGAGCAGGACGAUCAGGAAGGGUUCAAUCUGGAAGGUGCGCUCCACUUGCGUCGACGACUCCGCAACGUGGCGGUGCUCGGGCGGGGCUUGCAGGCCAGCCAGGGGCUCCGCAGCUCGGCGGCGCGCGCUGGCUCGCCCAUGGCGGAGGACGCCGAGACGCUGCCGGCCGAGGAGGCCCCGCCAGCCGAGGAGGCGCCGCCCGCGGAGGCCGCCCCGGCGGCCGCGGGCGCGCCCGCGCCAGGCGAGAAGCCGCCCCGCGGCAAGCCCAAGGACCCGCACGCCAUGGACCCGCACGCCCCGCCGAAGCCGAAGAACGCCUACCAGAAGUGCUCCGCGGCGGCGAGGGAGAAGAUAAAGGCAGAGAGGCCAGAGGUCGCCAAAGAUUUGGCGGCCAUGGGCAUCGCUCUGAAGGAGGAGUGGGAGAAGGUUCCUCAGGAGGAGAAGGACAGGCUGUCUGCGGAGUACGAGAAAGAGAUGGAGGUCUGGAAGCCAAAGUGGGCUGCGUACAAGCAGACGGAGCACUACAAGAAAUUCUUCGAGGUCAAGCAGGACUGGAUCGAUGCUCGGCAGAUGAAGAAGUUCAAGAAAAAGGCGGCGAAGGAGGCGCCGGCGAGACCGAAAUCCGGUUACAUGCUGUUUGCUGCGGAGGUCCGGACGAGGGUCUCGGAGGAGGUGAAGGCGGCGGGCGGCGGGCUGUCCGACAUUGGCAAGAAGAUCGCAGAGAUGUGGGCCGAGACCAGCGAGGCCAAGAAGGGAGAGUACGACUCGAUCGGGGCCAAGCAGAGAGAGACGUGGCUCGUGGAGUACGCCGAGUAUAAGAAGUCGGACAAGUACAAGCAGUACGUCAAGGAUAAGGCGAUCCUGGAGAACAAGCAGAUACAGAAGAAGCUCAUCCGGACGAAACUGGACGGGGCGCCCAAGAAGAAGGCCCCGACAGCGAUUCUAGAGGCCUACGCAAUUCUGCUGAUCCCCAUAAGAGACAAGGAGGUAAUGUAG